UCAGUACUCGAGAUUCUAAAUUCGAAUGCUAAUUAUUUCACAUUUCUAGCGAAGUUUAUUUGUACAAAAAGUUGCUGUGGGUUGUGACUGUGUGAGCACGUAGUAUAUAUUACUAGUAGUGUAAGCUUGUGGUAGCACCAUUAGGUAUUUCCUUGCCUAAAAUACUACACAUAGUGAUGGGAAUUUUGAGAUCCUCAUCUCAUCUCCUCAUCAUCAUCUUCCUCUUCUACUCUUUCUCCACCUCCUGUUGUUCAUCAAUUCAAUCCGACUCGAAAAAGAAACAAAUAACCGGAUACGGCUACAAGCUCCUCCGAUCGAUCUCCGUCAACCCUUCGGGUAAGUCACUCACCGCGGAGCUCCGGUUGAUCUGCAAAUCGUCGGUUUACGGACCAGACAUACCGAACCUUAAGCUCUUUGCUAGGCAAGUUCAUUUGUGAUCCUUAAGAUUAGUUUUCCUUGUAAUUAGGGAUUGGUUUUAGUGAAAUGUUCUAACUAGAAAGAUGAUUGGUUCCAACAGAAACCAACGUUUUAUAAAACUGAUAUUGAAUUCUUUCAAGUUCCUUUUUUUCCCUCCUUUUUUCUGCAGCUUCGAAACCAAAGAUCGUCUGCGAGUUCGAAUAACCGAUUCUGAUCACCAAAGAUGGGAAGUUCCACAGCACAUCAUCCCCCGCGAACCUCCACCGUCGGACCGCGAAAUGCCGGAAGAUCAAAGAGCUCACAUAGACUCAAACAAGUCCCAAGGACCCGAAAACCAACUAGUCCUCGGUCUCGCGGGCGCCGACCUCGUCUUCACACUCCUCACCACCUCUCCCUUCAGGUUCACCGUCACGCGCCGCUCCACGGGCGAUAUCCUAUUCGAUUCGAUGCCCACACUCGUGUUCAAGGACCGGUACUUGGAGAUCUCCUCGGCUCUACCCGCCGAUCGAGCAUCUUUGUAUGGUUUCGGAGAGCACACAAAGAAGUCAUUUAGGCUAAAACCAAAUGACACACUGACCUUGUGGAAUUCCGACAUAUUGGCGUUGAACCCCAAUCUGAAUCUCUACGGGUCUCACCCUUUCUACAUUGAUGUGAGAUCGUCGCAGCCCGGAGCUGCAGGCCCGGCGGGGACUACGCACGGCGUGCUCCUCCUCAAUAGCAACGGCAUGGACAUAGUUUACGGUGGGUCGUACAUCACUUACAAAGUGAUCGGGGGAAUCCUCGACUUCUACUUUUUCGCGGGGUCAUCGCCGCUAUCUGUGAUCGAUCAGUACACCGAGUUCGUCGGUCGACCCGCCCCAAUGCCGUACUGGUCCUUCGGAUUUCACCAGUGCCAUUACAAGUUCAAGGAUGUAUCAGACCUCAAAGACGUCGUCGCGGGCUAUGCCAAAGCCAAGAUCCCUCUCGAAGUAAUGUGGACCGAUAUCGACUACAUGGAUGGGUUCAAGGACUUCACCCUCGACCCCGUGAACUUCCCUGCACCGGAGAUGAAGCAAUUCAUCAAACACCUUCACCACAAUGGGCAAAAAUAUGUGGUCAUAGUAGAACCAGGGAUUAGUGUUAACAACACAUAUGGCACAUUCAAGAGGGGAAUGAGAGAUGGAAUUUUCCUGAAGAGGAACGGAAGUUACUUCGUGGGAAACGUGUGGCCAGGGCCGGUCUAUUUCCCGGAUUUCCUGAACCCAGCUGCAGCUGUGUUCUGGGCCCGAGAGAUCGCGAUAUUCCGACAAAUUAUCCCCGUCGAUGGCUUAUGGAUCGACAUGAACGAGAUUUCCAAUUUUGCUGACCCCUCGCCCCUCAACGCUCUUGACGAGCCACCCUACCGGAUUAACAACUCCGGCAUAAAUAGGCCCAUCUACGAUAGAACAGUUCCGGCCUCGGCGAUCCACUUCGGGAAUGUAAGCGAGUACGAUGCACAUAACCUGUAUGGUUGGCUGGAGUCGAGGGCGACGCACGAUGCGCUGAUGAAUGACACUGGGAAGCGACCGUUCGUGCUGUCACGGUCGACGUUCAUUGGGUCUGGGAAGUACGCGGCACACUGGACUGGGGAUAAUGCGGCGACGUGGGACGAUAUCGCGUACUCGAUCCCCAGCAUACUGAAUUUUGGACUGUUCGGGGUACCGAUGGUCGGAGCGGACAUCUGUGGGUUCCGCGGUAACACUACCGAGGAGCUCUGCCGGCGGUGGAUUCAGCUAGGUGCAUUCUAUCCUUUCGCGAGGAACCACUACGACAAGAGCUCGAUCCGGCAUGAGCUGUAUAUUUGGGACUCGGUUGCCCGGGCUGCGAGAAAGACCCUCGGCCUCCGGUAUCGCCUUCUCCCAUAUUUCUACACCCUAAUGUACGAGGCGCACAUCAGGGGCUCGCCGAUCGUCCGUCCUCUCUUCUUUUCAUUCCCAGAAGACACCGACACAUACGAUAUCAGCACGCAGUUUCUGAUCGGACGAGGCGUGAUGGUAUCCCCGGUUCUCGAGCCAGGGAACGUCACCGUAAACGCGCAUUUCCCUGCAGGGAGAUGGUUCAAUCUAUUCAACUACUCGCAAGUGGUGGACGCCAAUGCCGGGAAGUACGUGAACCUCGACGCGCCAGAAGAUACGAUGAAUGUUCAUGUUCGUGGUGGGAAUAUUUUGCCGAUGCAGAAGCCGGAGAUGACGACGGAAUUGGUGCGGAAGAGCGGGUACGAGCUUUUGGUGGUGGUCGACGAGAACGGGGCGGCGACGGGGGAGGUUUAUGCGGAUGAUGGGGAGGUGGUGGAGAUGGGGGGAGAAGGGGGUGAUUGGAGCUUUGUGAGGUUCAAAAGUGAAAUAGAAACCAAGUAUUUGAAACUAAAAUCUGAGGUGGUGAAUGGAAAAUAUGCUUUGGAGCAUAAGCUAGUGAUAGAAAAGGUAGUCCUUUUAGGGUUUGAGUUUGAGAGAUCACUUAGGAAGGGUAGCAUAUCUAUGAACGGGGUGGAAGUGAAGGCAGUUGAGCAAGAUAAAAGUGGGAGAUCUGGGGUUGCACAAAUUGAGGGGUUGUCACAGUUACUUGGGGAGGAAUUUGAGUUGAAAAUUAAGAUCUGUAACUAGUGUUUGAGAUCACUAGAGAGAUGAUGAGCAUAAGAAGAAAAGGAAUUUCUAUUUGAAAGAGACAUUUGGAAUAAAUUUGGAUGAAGUUUCUAUCAUAAUGGUAAUAUUUGGUCUGACUUCUAAAAUAACUUUUCACCGAAAUAGGCAUUUAACAAACAAAAACUAUAAAAAAAAAAAUUAGUGUUUUUACUAUGUUGGGGAGCAGAAAUGGGUUUUUUGACAUAAUAAAAGCACCAGUGAUCACCCAUAGAAUCUGCUUAUAAAGAAGUGAAACUAAUUUAAAUGCACCUGUUCACUCGGCACAUUCUGUUAAAAUAAAAAUAAAAAACAUGAGAAAGUAACAAUGCCAAAGCUCAACCACACCUAGUGCUCCAAAGAUGCUAUUGCACAAACCAAAGAGCACACAGUUUUUUAGGGGUAUAUAAGCAAUAAUCCCUUUUUAACUUUAUUAGGAGAGCAUAAAGAAUAUUCUAAAACGUGUCAAUAAUUCUCCAGUGGUUUCAAGGAACGCUUUACAUGAAGUGGUUUUACAUGAAGUGGUGGACCAAAUGAAGCACAUAGCACUAGAAUAUGAAUUGCAAUAUUAAUAUUACUCUAAUCUUGUUCUUUUUCACUGAGACAGACACAGGAGAAAUUUUAAGUUCAUUGACGGCAUAAAACGUAGUAGGAAUACCAGUUCAAAGACAAAUCGGAUAAUGUCGAAGAAGUACGUUUCGAAUAAUUAAUAUGCAGCAAUGGAAUAGAAAUUUCCAAAGGAACAGAAGAAGACUGA